CCCACAGACAUUGAACUCAUCUCUGUUUAGUGGCUUUACCUACAGCACAGUACACUCAGUCAACAUGACUUCUCUCAGUGAUCUCCAAAAGCUUCUUCCUGCUGUGCUGAUAUGGAUAAUGAUAUUUAAGUCUUGCUUGUCUCAGGAUGAGAAUAACACAGCCAGCAUGUAUGACCAUUAUAACUACAACGGCACUAUGGAUUAUGAUACCUUUCCUCAGCUCUGCAAAAAGGAUUUGAACCGCGAGUUCCGCCGCUGGUUCAUGUCAACCUUCUACUCCAUCAUCUGCUUCUUAGGGCUGGUUGGCAACCUACUUGUCAUCCUGACCUUCCUCUAUUUCAAGCGUCUCAAGACCAUGACAGAUGUGUUCCUGCUCAACCUGUCAUUUGCAGACCUUUUAUUUUCUCUGUCGCUCCCCUUUUGGGCAGCCAACAACAUGGCAAAAUGGGUGCUGGGCCUAGGGCCUUGCAUAGCCAUGCACACCAUCUACAAGGUCAGCUUCUACAGCAGCAUGUUUCUUCUCUCUUUCAUCAGUGUGGACCGCUACUUUGUUAUCGCCAAGGCAGUCUCUGCUCAUCGCCACCGCUCCAGAGCAAUGUUUCUUAGCAAGGUGUCAUCAGCAGUCAUAUGGGUGAUGGCACUGAUCUUCUCCAUACCAGAAAUGACCUGUACCACCGUCAAAAACAACACAUGCAGCCCUUACUCUAGCACUGCUGACAAUCUCCGUGUUAGCCUCCAGACCAGCCAGAUUGUUUUGGCUUUUGCCCUUCCACUCCUGGUCAUGAGCUUCUGUUACAGCCGCAUUGUUCAGACCCUUUGCCAGGCUCGUAACUUUGAACGCAACAAGGCGAUCAAGGUGAUUCUCGCUGUCGUAGCCGUCUUCCUGCUUUUCCAACUGCCUUACAACCUGGUCUUAUUUUGGAGCACAGUUGUUACUGCAAAAGGAGGAACUGAUGACUGUGGCUAUGAUAACCGUCUUCUCUACGCCACUGAUGUCACUCAGUGUGUGGCCUUCCUUAGGUGCUGCCUGAACCCUUUUGUCUAUGCCUUUAUCGGUGUGAAGUUUCGCAAUGACCUGCUGAAGCUGUUGAAGGACUUUGGCUGCAUGAGCCAGGAGAGGUUCUUCAGGUAUACCCUCGGCAGGAGGAGGAGCUCAGGGGCCACAGACACUGAGACCACCACCACAUUUUCACCUUAAAGCUGUUUUAAUACGAACAAAAGCCUACGAACACAUGGACAUCCCAAAAUGGUCUGUUGAACAUUAUGAAUAAUGUCUAAAAAAAAUGCAUUUUUGUAUAUAGCAAAGAUAUAUGUAUGCCAUUUAUGUGCUUUGUUUUUAAUUGUUGUUUCUCGUCGGUUAAGAUGAAACUUUGGGCAGUAUCAUUUUGGUUAAAAAAGAAAGCUUCAGUAAUUUUUAUUCAACAAUUUGAUGUACAACAAAUCAUUUAGAGUAAACAAAAUUGGAUGUAUAAAUUCACUUUGGCGCUACUUUAGUUUUCUUGAUUUUAUCAGCCGUAAAAUACUGUAUGAAAGGAAUUGAUUUUGGAGUGAAGUGCAAAUGAGAGGGAUAACAGAGUACUGCAGAGUUUUAGACAUCAUCCAAUUAUCAGCAAAACCCUUUAAUAUUAAACUGAUGUGUGAUAUUUGAAUAUUGUGCUGGAUUCAAGCUAAGCCGAUGAAACACCAAGGUAACACAAUACCACCAACAAACAAACUGAUUGGACCAGCUGUAGACGAGUGUCAUUACUGUAAUUGUCUUGUUUGUCAGUGGACUGGCACUACAGAGAAACAUAUAGGCUAUCGGAUGUUCUUAGUAAAAAUGGGUCGCUGGUUUAAUAUGACCAGAAUUCCCCUUUAAAAUGUGAUUGCACAAGGCUUCCAGUCAUCCUGGAGUGUAUUCCAGCUAAAUGUAAGUGAGGAAAGUCACAGAUAAUCAGUUAUUGGAGCACCAUGACACACUUUGUCAGCAAAGGUUCUAAAGAACUCCUUAUUUUCAUUUAAAAAAAAACAUGCUCUACUUUUUUUUAAGUAUUAUGUUUUACCUUUGUCUACAUUGGAUAGGACAGCUGAUAUACAGGAAACUGGAAGAAGAGAAAACGGGGAAAUGAGUGUAAAGGUAGCAGGUUUGUGUCCUGUUGUGGACUUUGUCUCUGUACAUACUGUAGGGUGCCUAAUGAACCAGCUGAGCUAAAGCAGUUCUCCGAGCUCUGGAAAAAAUACAAGUAAAAUGCAAAAUAUUAAAACAUUUUUUCUUGCUAUAUUAAUUCCUGCACUACUACUGAUACUUCUGUCCCAAGCGAACCUGCAGACUUUUUCUUAGAAGAAGGCAAAAAACAUCAAAAAGGUAAUAAAUAUGUCACAUGGACAUUAGGUCAUAUAUGUUAUCAGAGCAAACAUUUGCAAAGCAGGAACAUCUUAGGAGGUUAUUGGUAAAUAGAAGCCCUGACUGUGUUAAUUCUUUAGGACAAAGAAACAAUAAUAAAAGAUAGGUCCAGUUAGCUCCAUAGUUUUCAAAUAUACUCCUGAUGAGUGACCCAUCGGUUAAACCAGCAUUAGGUAGCUUAGGACCCUUUAAACUUGUCUGUUCCACUUGUAUAUAUUAUCUGAUGUUUUAUGUUUGUCCUUUUUUAUUAAACUUGAUUUCCUUUUAA